AUGGCCUCAGGGAACAGGAAAACCAACGGCAGGCCCGUAAUUCUGGCUUCCAGUCAUACCUGGCGUCCGAGCGCGGUAGAAGCCGCCACCCUUCCUGCUGGGUCAAGAACGAUCGACAAAGCUCCUCCUCAGCCUGUCCUUUGCCCCACUCUCCUCGACUCAAGCCUGCCCGGCCAAGCAGACCAAGCACCAGACGAAGAAGGACCCAAGGGCCCCAAGACCCACACUGCGACUGACCAGGCAGGUUCGUUCGCUCGUGGCCCUGCACCUCCGCAGGUGUCCGUGUUCCGCAACUUCCACCCUCUCGUUCAGCACCAGCACCAGCACCAGCACCAGCACCAGCAGCUCCUCCACACCAUCUCACACCCACCCGUCCUGAAACGCCGUCGGAUCACCAAGGCCUGCGACUUCUGCCACCGUCGAGGCCGCAAAUGCAAGCUGCCCUCCACCACAAGUCCGGACUCGGCCACCACGGUGACAUGUCUGACAUGCAUCGAACAUGGCGCCACUUGCACCUGGGACCGUGUUGCUGCUAAGCGAGGUGUCAAGUCCAAGGGCCCUGAAGUCGCGAGGAAGGCUUCCAGCGUCGCCGACGAGACUUGGACGUACGAUGUCGCGAGGCAUGGAGAACGAGGGCUCAUCGGCGCACUGCUGCGCGUCUUUUUUGAUACCGUGUAUCCCAUCUUUCCUUUCUUCGCUGAAUCGGUUCUUGUCGAUGAGUGGGAGCGGACGAGCCUCUCGUCGAGUCGCCCUGCCUUUGCGCGGCUCAUGGCCGUUUGUGCCCUCAGUUCAUGUCAUGUUCGCGAUGGGGCCGUCUUCAGUCUGCGCAUCGCCCCCACGGUCCCUGCGAAGCACCAGCAGUCGUACCUCGAAGAUGCGAGGAGGGCCAUCCCGAGCGACAUUUCAGCCGCCGACAGCUUCCAGUAUCUGCAGACCCUCGGCACCCUGUCGUUGGCCGCCAUCCAGCUCGGAGACGCUCCUCUUCUCCAUGAGACCCUUGGCCUCUAUCACACGGUCAUGGCCCAGCACAACUUCCAGAACGAGUCACGCUGGCCCUCGAGCAUUGACCCAGUCGAGGUCCACGUACGCCGGCAGUUCUUUUGGUCCAUGUACCGCCUCGAGGUGCAUUCAGCCCUCAUAAUGGGCCACUCCAUCCGUUGUCCGGAAAUGCAGGCGGCCGUCGCAUAUCCGGCUGUCUCGGACGCGCUUGUGGACCCCAUCGCUGCCGCCGCCGCAUCUAGGGGCGGCUUCCCCUCAGGUGGAUGGCUCAUCGGGUGGAACUACAUCACGGACCUCUACCGCGUGCUCGAGCAUGUGAUCGUGCGGUUUCGUUCGCGCAAGACCACGCCUGCCGACCGAGGCCAUAUUUACGCCGGAUACGGCUUCACUCACAUGCCACCUCCGAUCGACGAUAUUCUGUCCGAGGUCUUGACGCAGAGAGACGGCCUGCCAACCUAUCUUGCUAGAGCCCAACCGCCGUCGCCCAACACCGAAUCGAAUCUGUGCGGGUUCCAAGUGGCCAACAUUGCUUGCACUAUCCAGGUACGCGAACUAGAAUCUGCCCAAGCACGACUGUACUAA